UCUGUGAUCACCUGUUCAAACCCUGAUGUGUUGCACCUGCGUCUCAGUUUGUUUUGUUCCGUUCCCUGAAGUUCCUGUUUCGUCAGAUUACCUGGGUCUGGAUGGAUUUCCUGAGUUUUGCCUGUUGGUUCCUCUUUCAACCUAUUUGCAUAGAGCAGCCAAACAGAAAGUAGCCUCGUGCCUCCGCUGUCAUUGCCGUGGAGCCAGGCAGAUGCUGCUGAGCGCCGUGCACCCAGAAGUAAAAAAUUCAUCAGGGAAGUGUGAGAGUGUGGAGGAGAAAAGAGGAGGAGGAGGAGCAGAGAGGAGAGGAGAGGCAGCCGGUCUCUCUCCAUCACUUGACGGGCUUUUCUGCGGCAUCCUUCAACUUCAUCAUGGAUCUCUGGAGUAAAAAAGUGCGAGGAAUUAUCACACAGCUCGUCCUGGUUCUUCUCUGCUUCUGCGGGGCGACAGGAGGAGAGGUGUGUCACAGUUCGCUGGUGUCGAAUCUACUCCCAUCAUCCUUCAGGAGCUCCUCACAGCUGUCUGCCAGCCAUGGACCAGGCUUCGCUAAGCUGAACCGGAGAGAGGGAGCUGGAGGUUGGUCUCCUCUGAGCUCAGACAGGUAUCAGUGGUUGGAGGUCGACCUCGGCGGACGCACGCAAAUCACUGCGGUUGCCACACAAGGUCGCUACGGAAGCUCUGAUUGGCUGACGGCCUACCUGCUGAUGUUCAGUGACACGGGACACAACUGGAAACAGUAUCGACAGGAGGACAACAUAUGGGCCUUUCCAGGAAACAGUAACGCUGACAGCGUGGUUCAGCACAAGCUCCAGCAUCCAGUCAUCACUCGCUACGUCCGCCUCAUCCCGCUGGACUGGAAUCCUAACGGACGGAUCGGACUCAGGCUGGAGACGUACGGAUGUCCCCACAACUCUGACGUGGUGAGCUUCGAUGGCCACAGCAGCCUUCUCUACAAGCUGAGUCCCGGGCCGAGGCGGGCGACCAGGGAAAGCAUCUCUCUGAAAUUCAAAACCCUGAGGAAUUCUGGGACGCUGCUUCAUGCGGCGGGUCGGAGCGAGCACAGCCUCACCCUGGAGUUAGAGAAGGGAAAGCUUCUGCUCGUUCUGCGGAAAGGCAGGAGUUCGUCUGCAGACGGUCGGCACCGUGUGUCUCUGGGCAGCCUGUUAGACGAUCAGCACUGGCACCAGGUCACAGUGGAGCAGCACAGUAAUCACCUCAACUUCACGGUGGACAAGAGUACAGAGUGGCUGCAGAUUCCUCCGAGACUCACCCACUGGGACCAUGAUCAGAUGAGCGUGGGCGCCGACCACGACCUCGGCUCUCGCAGGUCAUUCGGGUCGGACAGAAAUUUCUGCGGUUGUUUGGAAAACUUAAUUUACAACGACGUGAACCUGGUGGAGCUCGCUCAGCAGAGAGACCAGCUGGUCGCUGUGAAGGGCAACGUGACCUUUUCCUGUGCUGAACCCAUUUUCGUGGCCGUGACGUUCACUGGCCCCCAGAGCUUCCUCCGGUUGCCAAGAGUUGCUGAGCCGUCAUCGACGGGGAUGACCCUGGGGCUUCAGUUUAGGACGUGGAACAAGGCGGGGCUGCUGCUGACCUUUGAACUCCCGAACCAUGGUGGUGCAGUCUGGCUGUACCUAAGCAAAGCCGUGCUCCAACUCCAGAUCCACAAGCCUGGCAGGGCGCCGCUGGAGCUCAACGCAGGUUCAGCUCUGAAUGACGGUCAGUGGCACUCUGUGGUCCUGACCUCCAGACGAGGACAUCUGACCAUCACAGUGGACGGAGACGAAGGAGGCGCCGCUCAGGCCAGUCCCUCAUUUGUGGUGACUGCAACUGAACUCUUCUUCGGGGGUUGUCCCUCUGAAGGAAGCGACCAGGAGUGUAUGAACCCCUUCAAAGUUUUCAUGGGAUGCAUGCGGCUGCUGACUGUGGACAGCCAACAGCUGGAUUUGAUCAAGGUGCAGCAGAGGCUGAUGGGAAACUACAGUCACCUGCAGGUCGACAUGUGUGGCAUCAUCGACAGGCAACCAGACAAACUGGUGGUGGUUUGGACUCGCAGAAGUCGACGGAAAUCUUCCAAGUCCCACGGCUGGCAGCCUGGUAUCAAAAAUCCCUACAGAGGAGUGGUGGUGUGGCCUGUACCAGAAAACAUUGAGAUCACUGUCACUCUUUUUAAGGCAGGCUCAGAGAUCAGUGUCCUGUUACCGCUCAAUGUUUUUACCAGAGGUCCUGCCACAUACACUUCCAUACCUGCUUCUGCUGUGUUCUAA